AUGAAUGCUCUCUCAACAAAUUUGUACACUGAUGAAAGGAGCGAGAGGGAAAAAAAGAAGAAAAAACGGAUUAGGAACGCAUCGAGCAAAGCUGAUGAUGGUCUCCAGAGCACGUCUACGAACGGUGUGUUUUUGCUUUUCAACGUCCAACAGUUUGGAAACCUGAGGACAGUCUUUGGAGCCUGUGAGACUCAUAAGUUUGUACCAGAAGGCCUGCAGGGAGAAAUACAUCCAGGAGUUCAAGAGCUCUUCCUAUGCAACAACUGGGCCCGAGGCCUGCCGGAUAGUAAGAAGUCCAAGUUCCGAAUAUGUACGAGCACAUGUGGAACGUUCCUUCUUGGAGGUCGAGCGGCACAUAUCCAGUGGUGGAGCGAUGCCUUCAUCAGACGGAAAGUCGUCCAAUGCCUAAUCAAACCGAAAAGUUGGUGA